AAGUUAUUAAAAGCAAGUUAACCAGACGUCGACUGUAAUAAUUUAACACGUUCAGUGAUGAUUUAUUAAUCUCAUCUAUCCAAAAUAUUAUAUCCCAGUGAAUCUAAACCACCCCUUAAAUACCUAUUUUGUCUAUCAUGACGUUUGAAAGUUACUGGUCUUUUAAAAUAUUCUAACAUCAUUUAUUUUAGACUGAAUUGCAUCGUGGGACGUUGAAGAUUUGCUACAAGCCGUAGAUCUGUAAAUCAAGAGCAACACAUCCAGCCGCACUGAGGUCGAUCCACAUAAUGUGAAGGCUUGCUCUCGGAGAACAUCUUGAAGUACAUGCGGUUUAUCGAGCGAGCUGUUUGUCCACGUGCCGCACUGCCUUUCUGAUCACAAAUCAAGCUGUAGCCUUGCCGAAAACGAAUUUGGUCUUCCAAGACUGCACUCUUCAUUGAAUCUGACACCCGCGUGUUCCUCAUGAGUUUUGUGGAAUACUCGGAGUUCAUCCAAGAAGGGGAUGUUGUCAUUAUAUUCCUAGGUCAUGAUUCCAUGAUGCCCAUCAAAGUUCAGUCUGGGGCUCAGACACAGACCCGCUAUGGGGUCAUCCGCCACACCAGUGAUCUGAUUGGACAGCGGUUUGGUUCUAAAGUGACUUGCAGUAAGGGUGGUUGGGUUUAUGUGCUACACCCUACACCAGAGCUAUGGACAGUAAACCUCCCCCACCGAACACAGAUCCUCUACACUACAGACAUUGCCAACAUCACACUGAUGCUGGAGCUCAAACCAGGCUCUGUCGUCUGUGAGUCAGGUACAGGCAGCGGCUCUCUGUCUCACGCUAUUCUGCGGACCAUUGCUCCCACCGGCCACCUGCACACAGUGGAGUUCCACGCUCAACGAGCAGAGAAGGCCAUCCAGGAGUUCAAGGAGCACAAGGUGUCUCACCUGGUUACUGUUAGAAACCAGGAUGUGUGCAAGGAGGGCUUUGGUGUCAGCAGUGUAGCCGAUGCGGUCUUUCUAGACAUCCCCUCUCCGUGGGAGGCCGUCACACAUGCCAAGAGGGCUUUAAAAUGCAAGGGAGGAAGAGUAUGUUCCUUCUCACCAUGCAUAGAGCAGGUCCAGAGGACUUGUGAGGCAUUAUUGGACCAUGGCUUUGAGGAGAUCUGCACUCUGGAGGUUCUGCUGCGGGUACAUGAUGUUCGUACUGUUACUCUGCCUUUACCAGACUUUGGGCCAGAGGAGGGAUCUACUGACAGCACCCAGAUGGCUUCUAAUGUAAGUCAAGAGGAAGUCUCAAAGGCUGGAAAUGCCUCUGUGAUCUGCCGGACUGCCAUACCCCCAAGAGAAAUGGCAGGACACACCGGUUACCUCACCUUUGCUACCAAACCACGAGACUAGAAGCCAAACUGAGGCUAAAGCAGGCCACUCAAAUUGGAAUUUGAGUAGAUUUGAGUACUGCAGUCUUGAUCUUUCUUGAAUAUUAUGACUUCACCAGUAGAAACCUUUUUUGUUUAGCUUAAUUUCAGCUUAGAUAUAAAAGAUUUGUUACCAGCUUGAGAGGCAUAAACAUCUUGACUGGUAAUGCCAUUCAAAUGUUUUGAUUAAUGAUACAGCUUAAUGUUUAUUUGUCUUAUUUGUUUGGUUUUUAUAUAUUUUUUUUAAAUAGGGAAUCUUUAUUAUGUUUUACUGCAAUAAAUUGAAUCAGAAGGAAAAUUUGUAUUUUUCUUGUUUUUCUGAGCUCUUAGGGUUUUGAAAAACUACACUAUCAAAAUCAACUAGUCCUAUUAAUCAGUCUUUAGGAAGCCCUGUAUAAUUCAGGGUUUCCACGGGGCAUUGAAAAGCAUUAAAAGUCAUUAAAUGAAUUUUGUGAAAAUUAAGGCCUUAAAUGGCUUUAAAAAGCAUUACAUUUUAUUCCUAGAUGCAUUAAAAAAUGUAGAUAGUUUUAAAAAAAUUAUAUUACCAAUUUAUUUUGAAUAUAGCCUUCAUAAUUAAUAACUUCGAUUUGCUGUUGCAAAAUAUGUACAUUGGUGUGAUAAACACGCGGAACCAGUUUGGUAAUUGCCUCCAGCCGGUGCAAAAUUGUCAUAACGGCAGAUGUUUGGACAGCGGCGGGCUGGGACCUGGAGGAGUUAGAGCAGAGAAAGUAAAUUUCGUAAAGUCGCAAAAAAUGGGGAAGUGCAAAUUCCAGCAAAAGUGGCUGGAAGAUGAAGAAUUUAGAACAUGGUUGCAGCCCGUUGAUGGUCAACAUGGAGAAGGAUUUUGCAGUGUUUGUAAAAAAGUAUUUAAGCUAGGUACAAUGGGUGUCAACGCCGUAAAAUCUCAUAUGCAGUCCAAUGGCCACAAAUCGGCUGUAAAAGGCAGACAGCAAUUAACUAUGUCUAGUUACUUUGCCGUGACCGACAAAGUAACCUCUUCAGCAACUACUACUACCACCACAACUGCUGCUGUAGUGACCACCGCUUCCAGCGGAGCCGCUACCGAAGGAAAAUCGAGCAACCUUCGAGCAGCGCUUGGUUUGAAUGUGACGCAGCAGGCGGAGGUGCUCUGGUGCACUGCCCAGCAGCACCACUCAUACACAUCCAAUGAAGGUGUUUCUGAGGUGUCCAAGGCAAUGUUUCCUGAUUCACAAAUAGCCCUAUCUUUCACCUGUGGAAAGGACAAAACCAGCUACAUUUAAAAAUUUGGACUUGCCCCAUACUUCAAAAAUAAACUGAUUUCUGCAAUUAACAAUGCAGGACCAUUUGUGUUGA